AUGGCUCUCCUCAUCCACCUGCUGCUGUGUGCAGUGCUCAUCUCUCUGGCGCAAACGUUCUCCACUGAAGACAUGAAGGACGCGAUUCUACAGAAACUCGGACUAACAGAACUGCCGAGCAUCCACAAGAGAGACUUAGAAAAUCUGGUGGUUCCGAAUCACAUCAAGAACAAGUAUAUCUCCAUGCUGAAACUACACCAUGCCCGGAGGCGCAGGUCCCUGCCCAGUUUGGCUGGGAUCCUUAGGCGUAUCCAUGGGAACGCAGAUAUAACAAGCGAAAUGAAAUACUCAGACAUGACUAGACAACAUCUCGUAUUUGACAUGGAGACGCGGCUGAAAGAAAACAGCGAGUUGGCCAUGGCAGAGCUCAAACUUUACCAGACCUCUCCGCGUAAACUGCUUGCCACUGAGAGGAAGAAGCACAGACCUGUCAAUCAUGCCCGUGUGAGCAUUUACUGGGUGUGCAGGGAGUCCAACCACAGCUCACUGGUUGACUCAAGGUUGGUGCCAGUGAACGAGGCCGGUUGGAGGAGCUUUGACGUGACCCAAGCUGUUCAUUACUGGUCCAAAUCAGUGACAAAAAGCCAACUGCAUUUGGAGGUGAGGAUCGAAGGAGAGAGGCCUGGAAUUUAUGCAGCAGAAAUGGCAAAACGAGUGAGAUUCACCACGCAAAACGCUGUGAACUCCCUGGACAACACUGCAGAGACACCUGAGCUCGUGCUGUACACCUUGAACUUGGAGGAAUAUGGGUCACUGGGCGACUGUAGGCACAGCGCAGACAAUCAGGCUUGCUGUCGGGAAGAGCAUUACAUCAACUUCCGGGAAGUAACGUGGGCGCAGUACUGGAUCCUGGAGCCGGUUGGAUACCAGGCUUUCCGCUGUACAGGAGGAUGUAAGCAGCCAAAGCGUAACUACGGCUAUGGACCGAGAUCCUGCUCAGUGGUUGAAAGCGCACCUCUGCCAGUUAUGUACCUAGUAAAACAAGGGGACUACACACAAAUAGAAGUGGCCGAAUUUCCCAACAUGAUUGUUGAGAAGUGCGGAUGUUCCAUGGACAAGAUUUCCACCGCAUAAAAAACAAGGAAU